AUGAAGGGCUUGGGAGCAAACCGCAGCCGCCACCUGUCCGACUCCUGCGAACCGCCCGGGUGCACCCAAAAAACUCUCUGCCCUCUCAGUCCCGACACCCACGGGACCUUCCUCCUCAGCCCCACCCUCAACCACUAUGGCACCCUAGACCCCCACCUGCAUCAGUGUCCCCCGACCAGCCCAACCACCCUCGCCCCUGACUGCCUGUUACCAUUCGGGCCGAUAUCCAACAGCAGUACGUUUCCAAGACUACAUUUUACCACGCAGGGUGAUCAGUCAGAAUGCUCCCAAGCUUGCAUGGGUGGGGCGGGGACCGUCGGGCAGGGUGGGAGAGCGUUGACCCAGUCUUUAUCGCUAGGGAUGGGUCUUGGGUUGGGGCUUUCUGGAGCUCCAAUGAUCACCAGCGGAUCAGCCACCAUCUCUACCGCGGCGGCUGCUAAAAUGAACAGACUUCCGGCGAACCUUUUGGACCAGUUGGAAAGACACUUGCCGCUACACCGCGACGGCUUCAGUACCUUGCAGUUCCACCGGGGGCGUAUGUCCAAACAACGAAGUGAGAGUCCAGGGCGAAUCCGGCACCUGAUGCAUUCGGUUCAAAAACUUUUUGCCAAAUCACAAUCUUUGGAAAACUCGGCUCUUAAGGGAAACUUGAAUGGUCGUUCGAUUAGCGGGGGUGGAUCAGGCGAUGAAGGCGGGAGACCAAGCCGUAGAAGCAAAAGUAAAGAUAGGGCUAAAUCUGAAAUGCCAAGACAGAGAAUCCGAUCAACAGCUUUAGGCGGGCUUUGGGGUUCAGAUGAUGCACUGGACAUGGAUACUACCAAAACGGGAACGCUCGCUAUGGGUUACCGCAAUCCGUUGACCAUGAUGACGCUGGGCAGGGCGGUUUCGGACAGCCAGGCCAGGCAAAUCCCACAGGGCUACAACACCAUAUCCGCACACACUCUCAAGACCUCCAAAAGCAGCAGUGACCUCAAGUUUUUAGCAUGUCCGACGACGCAGGUCGGGGGUUGUAAGGAUGAGGAGGGGAGGUUCAGGGGGAGUAAAGACGACUUGUUGGUGAAAAGGGGGUCUUGGUCCACGCUGACGCUGACUCAGGCCAGGCAGGUUUUACAGAAGGGCUCUGCCACCGUCAACAGGACUCUGCUCAAGACUAAGUCCUCCCACCAAGACAUGACUAACCAGUUCCUUCAGGUCCCGUCUGGAGACUGGGCAGGUACCCUGGGUCACGGACGGGGCAAGGGCACUGAGAUCCCGUGUCGGAGGAUGCGCAGCGGCAGUUAUGUUAAAGCCAUGGGGGACCUGGAGGACAGCGAGGACUCAGAGGGAAGUCCCAAACCAUCUCCAAAGAGCGCUGCACGGAGACAGAGCUACCUGAAGGCAACACAGAGGUCCCUAAGUGAACAGCAGCCCCCGCCCCCUCCUCGCAAACCUCGUGGCUACGCUCUCAUGCGGGAGGAUUAUUACUGGUCUCCUCUGCAAAGUGCAUGCUCUAUGCAACAACUGAGCUCCCUGCCCUGUCUGAAAGAGCUGUCCACGAAUCGGAGCCUGGAUAACCUGGACUGCCUGGUGAGUCCGGUGGAAACGCAGCCACGACACAGGAGCGAGUUCAGCUACUGUUCUGCUACACUGGGCAGAAGCUCUCAGGUCUGUGCUCAGAGUUGUGGUCACUCGGGCCCGUACGGUGAGGGGGAGUCUCAGGCUGUGGAGGCUCUUGACCUGCCUGCUCCCACCUGUUUCCGCUCACGCUCUCACAGUUACCUGAGGGCCAUCCAGGCAGGCUGCUCCCAGGACGACGACACCUCUGUGGACUCCGACUCCCCUCCACCCACUGCAGCCAGCUACUGCUACAGCUCCAGCACACUCAACAACAGGAAAGCCCCCCCUCCGGUCCCACCACGCACCACCUCCAAACCCCUCAUCUCUGUCACUCUCCAGAGCAGCACUGAAUCAGCCCAGGACACCUACUACGACCAGCAAGACCGCGGCAGUGAAGCCAACAGCCAGUCGGGACGCAGCAACUCCUCGGACAGCCUCUGUAGCAUCCGUACGGGCAGCCUGGCAAAGGGCACCUACCCAACUGGUAUCAUCACGCCAGCUGUCCCGGUGCCCAUCCCUAUUGCCACCACUGUUGUACCUCCUGUCCCUGCCCCAAGGGAUUUACCCCCGAACAUAACUGCCCCUGCUACCACUACUACUACUGCUGCUGCUUCUACCGCUACUGCUAGUACUGCUACGGAUAAUACAGCUACUGCAACCACGUCAACAUCUACACAGUGCCAACAUGACACCCUGACUCCCAUUAUCACCCUUGACGAACCCCCAACUGCGCCCAAAAGAAAACUGUCCUCUAUUGGAAUACAGGUGGAUUGUAUUUUGCCAGUAACAAGAGAAGAGCCACUCCCUUUAACAGCACCUUUAAAAUUCCAGUCCAUUGGGGUUCAAGUGGAGAACGGCAGGCCUCUGAGCAGAGACAACAGCAUGGCCUCCAGACAAAACACAGUGACGGAGUCACUGGAGCCACAGGAGACCAAUUGUGUCAACACCGAGAAGGCAAACUGCGCCACCACCAAUGGACAGGACAAGCCCACAGCACAGUCCCUUCAGAAGGCCACCUCCUCCAGGAUAUCCUCCCCUCCUGAGUCCCUGGAUCCCGCGCUGGACCCUUCCUCUCUGCCCCCUCCGGACCCCAGCCUCCAGACGGGCAACGGCAGCACGACGGCUCACGGCGAUGACCCCCAGUCCGGCACGCCUGCCUGUGCCAGAGACGGGAACUGGUUUCUUAAGCUCCUCCAGGCCGAGACGGGACGCAUGGAGGGCUGGUGUCAACAGAUGGAGCAGGAGACCAAAGACAACCAACUGUCAGAGGAGGUACUGGGGACGAUCCGAAGCGCAGUCGGGAGUGCCCAGCUCCUGAUAUCACAGAAGUUUGAGCAGUUCAGAGGACUCUGCAAUGAGAAUCUGAAGGUAGAUGCCAACCCCAGGCCCACAGCACAGGACCUCGCAGGCUUCUGGGAUUUGCUACAACUCUCAAUAGAAGACAUCAGUAUGAAGUUUGACGAGCUUUAUCAGCUAAAGGCCAACAACUGGCAGCUUCCAGAAAAGCCCGAAAAGAAGGAUGAGACCAAGCUUCCAUCAUCGGUGCCAAAGAAGCAGUGUAAGCCCAAACUGGCAGCGGGGAAAGACCGGAGCAUGGACAGCGCCGUGGACAAGCAGAGGCAGGAGGCGCGGAAACGGCUGAUGGCGGCAAAGCGUGCGGCAUCGGUGCGGCAAAACUCCGCCACGGAAAGCGCAGACAGUAUCGAAAUCUACGUCCCCGAAGCUCAAACGCGGCUCUGAGGGCAAAUCAGCGCUGAUCACCAUGACAACACACUUUUGGACAUUUGACACAGACACAGAUUUGAGGACAUGAGCUUAUUUGAUGCACUGAGGCUGAUCCGAAAGACGUGGGAUCAAGCGGCGUCAAUAUGAUCCAGUGUAAGCAGAUUACCACCCUGCCGCCAUUGGACAGAACUCCAGAUGUUUAAUACUAUUGUUAUUAUUGUUAUUAUAAUAAUUAACAUAUAUCAAGACUUCUUACAUGUGCAAAUAUCUUGAAUAAGGACACCCCUGUACCUUGUGAACUGAUUCUUGGUAUCCCUGUGCUGAGUCUAUGGGCAGGCUGUCGGGCUGAGCGACCAUCUCCACUCUCAGGACACAACAUGCAGCAGGUGCACUGUCCACCGUCUUCCUCUUCUCUGUCCCCACUCUUUGUAAUAGGCUGCCAAUCACCGAUACCACAAGACAAGAUGGCGUUCACUCAGAGUUUAAAACGCAGAGAACCAGAGGAAGGCAGUAGCAUAUAUAUUAUAAAGAUCACACUAUUACAAUGUUUAUUUUGUAAAUGUUGUAUACCAAGAUUAUUUGUUAGAAAGAGGUCCGUGUUGAGUACCAAGGUAGUUUUUUAUAGCUUAAAAUACAUGUACUAUCAUCACAUAUUAGUACUUGAUGCAACAAUCAUCACUCUGCUUGUCUCUUCCUCUCUUCACAAACACUACCAGUGUCUGUGAAAACUCAUAAAAGUCUUACAAUUUUUUAUUUCCAUGAUGACACGCGAGGAGUGACUGCCAGCCUGUGAUCCACUGUGGAAUGUAUGAAAUGUUUGCGUUCAAAGAUCAUAUGAACUUGAUCACUGCACUUAACCCUUUCAUGCCCGAUCAAGUCCGCUCCUCUUUCACUGCAUCCUUCUGUGAUGUAGGGGACCAAGACACAAUCCAUGUCAUAUAUCCAUGUGUAAGGCAUUCCCAAUCAGCUGACUGUGCUCGGGUGGGAGUUGUAUGCUCCUCGAAAGGCAAAUGAACAAGCAAUAAUAAAAAUGUAUUGGACCAAUGCAUAAAAUAACCACAAUUUUCAUCACUGCAGCAUGAAGGUUUAGUACAGACUGCUAUCCAGAGUCUCAGGAUCUAAAGGUGGACUAUGUAACUUUUCCAGUGGAGGGUCUACCUUCUUGCCUCCAUGGAGAUAUUAUGGCUUUGCUUGAAGUGUUUCACACUACCUGCCUUGAAAAAAAUGUGUUUUGUUGUGACUUGUAACUUGGCCUGGUGGCAUCAACCUCGUUUCAGUGAACAUGCACAAGUUUAAUGUCAUACUGUGGCAAAGGCAAAGCAAUCACAUCUCCACGGAGACAAACAGGUGACAGAUACUCCACCAGAAAAGUUGCAUUGUCCACCUUUAAGCUUAAGACAAUGAAACCACUAUUGAAGGAUUAUUUAUUACGUUAUAGAGCUUAAUCGUGCAGUGUUAGGGAAAUAAAGGCUUGGUUGUAGAUCAGAAUAAAUUUGGCUGCCAAAUCAGACUCUGGGCAGACACUUUACAGCAGCAACUCCCACCCUUUGUAUGAAAUCUGUGGUACAUUUUUAAUUUAAGUUUCAUUUUAAUGUAAUGUUUUUGUGGCAUAUGAAAUAAAGGCCAGCCUUAGAAUGGCAUGGCCUUUUACGUAGAAUAUAUAAUGGUGCUGUGAGGGGUUCAGGCCAACAUGGCAGUGGUCUACAUUUCAUUGUUGUUAUUAUUAAAAUGAUUUAUUUAAA